UUCCACCAUGACCAUGACAGGUGUUUUUGUGCUCCUAUCCUUUGCGAUUUGCUGCUUCCCAGACGCUGCCUUUGGGGUUGAGGUGGACUGCAGUACGUAUCCCAACACUACAAACGAGGAAGGCAAAGAGGUGUUGGUCUGCACCAAGAUCCUCAGCCCCAUCUGCGGUACCGAUGGAGUCACCUACAGCAACGAGUGCCUGCUCUGUGCCUACAACAUAGAAUAUGGAACCAAUGUCAGCAAAGACCACGACGGAGAAUGCAAGGAAGUUGUCCCUGUGGACUGCAGUAAAUAUCCCAACACAACAAACGAGGAAGGCAAAGUGGUGUUGCUCUGCAGCAAAGACCUCAGCCCCGUCUGCGGUACGGAUGGGGUCACCUAUGACAACGAGUGCCUGCUGUGUGCCCGUAACCUAGAGCCUGGAAGCAGUGUUGGCAAGAAGUAUGAUGGAGAAUGUAAGAAGGAAAUUGCUACAAUUGACUGCAGUGACUACCCUAAACCUGUCUGCUCGCUUGAGUACAUGCCUCUCUGUGGCUCUGACAGCAAAACAUACGACAAUAAGUGUAACUUCUGCAAUGCAGUCGUGGACAGCAAUGGGACUCUCACUUUAAGCCAUUUUGGAAAAUGCUGAGUAUCAGUGCUGAGAGAACUCACUACAGGAUCCCCACUGGCAAAUCCCAACUAAAGAUCUCACCUCAGUUCAUCUUGCCCUCUGGGGAACUCAGCUCACUCCUGAUUUUCUUUCUCAAUAAACUAAAUCAGCAACA